AUGAACUUUCUUAAGUUCCUUUCAAUAUUUUACCUUAUUUUGCUUACUGCUGACUUGGGAAGCUUUCAAGCAUGUCCAAAUUGGGAUCCAACGAUCAUGAGCUGCUCAACAGGCUUUGCUUUUAGCUACACCACUUGUACUUGUGUUCGAGUCACAACAACAAGAGCGUCAACAACGACUAGGACGACAACUAAAGCUCCUACUGCAGCUCCAACAUCACCGCCAACAACAGUUGAUCCAAGAAAAGCGUUGGAACCUCGAAUAACAACUCUUUUGAAUAGCUUGACAUCACUUCAAGCUACUGUUAAUUCUGCAGUUGUUCAAGAUGUUACAUGCAAGGACCUUAUUUUAUCAGACUUGGCAUCAAACAUAACAGCUAUUCAGACAUUGCAGUCAAGUCUUUAUAAUGUUUCAUUCAGUCAAGUUUCCAAUACUUUAACAUCUUUGGAAAGCAGUUUAAAUGCCAUUAGGAGUUCCUGGACAGAAUGUCAGGCUAGAACAACCACAACUAGUACAACAAUAGAACCAACAACGACAGAAGAUCCAAGAAAUAAUUUAAUACCUGAAAUUGGGCAGUUAUUAGAUUUUUUGACAGAAUUUCAUGAUUUAGUUAAUUCAUCAAUUAUUCAGAAUCAAGCAUGCAAAGACAGCCUUUUAGCAAAAAAUUCAUCAUCAGAAAGGCACAGACGAGAGCAAAAGAUUAAAGGAAUCAUUGCACAUGAAAUCUGUCAUUAUGUAAUGCGACUUGUUUAUCAGUUCGAAGACAAUCCAUUUUAUGAAAAUGACAAACAAACUCGUGAAGAAUAUUGUCAAGUUAUUAACUAUAUAGAAGACUUAGUAAGCAUAAACAAUGAUGAUGAAUGUGAUGGAAUUAUAUCAACAGUUUUUAAGUUGUAUAAUAAAGUUGAUAGCAGUGCUGAAUUGAUAGUUCGACCAGUUCAAAUACAAGUACAAUUUGGAGAUAAUCAAGCAAAAAUGAUUGAAAUUGAGGAAAAAUUUAAAAUUUUAUUUAACUUUUGUCGACAUCGCGUGAUUCCGGAAGUUGAAAAUUUCUCAAUUCAACAAAGACAAGAUAUUAAAUUAUUGAAUGAUUUUGUUGGAAUUUUAAAUGAAAUUUCAUAUUCUGAAAUUAUUUUUCGUAAAGGAGUUAAUGCUGAUGAAGUAUUUAAGCAUCAAAUGGCCAUAGUGACUACAAAUGUCCCGAAAAUGUUGCUUUUUAAUAUUUUUGAUUUUAUUAAUACUUCUGCAUUUGAUUUAUUAUCAACUCAAAAUAUUUUCAUAAAUACGCAAAUGUUGAAAAAUAAUUUUGUUCAUAAAAAUUUGAAAUUAGCUUUGGAAAAAUCUCGUGGAAAUCUUCAGAUUUUCAUCGACUGUUCGAUAAACUUUUCAAAAAGUUUCAAUUUUAAAAUAUUUAAAAUGAAAGAAAAUUUGAAAAUUAUUUUUAUUGUUGAUUCGGAAAAGAAUUCAAAAGAAUUAAGUAAAAGUUUAGAGCAAUGCGAUUUGAGUCAUGAAAAGGUUAUUAAAAAUUUCAACUGGAUGGAUUUGGCAACGGAAAGUCAAAAUGAGCAGUUGAAAGUUAAAAUCUGCUUUCAAAAUUGUCACUUUUUAUCACUUUCUGAACUUAUUGAGUACCAAGAAUCGUCAGAUAUGUCAAGUUUAGUUGAUGAAAAUCUUUUAAAUCUACUGAUCAAUAAUGAGCGAAUUAAUGUUAAUCCAAACUUAAUUAAAGAUCAGAUCUUUGAGAUUCUUAAUCAAUCGAGGAACUUGAUUCAAGCUAAAGUGAAAGCAAAGCAACAAAACAAUUCAUGGCAACCAAUAAAGCCGAAAAUCCAAACUCAAAAAUCACUUUUUGAAGAUAUUUUGCAAUUCUUAAGUCAAACCUUAUUAAGAAGACAUCCAGCAAGUGAGCCUGAAUUUCAAAACAUUCAACUUCAAACCGAAAAGUAUGAAAAAUGUGAGGAAAUGCAACAAAAUCAAGUCCUCGAAAGGAUCAAGAAUCAAAAGUAUGUCCUGAUCUCAGACAGAGCUGGAUCUGGAAAAAGUUGGAUGCUCAAAAGCUUCACAAAUCUACUCAAAAAACAUCAUUUAAUUAAAUGGACAACUUAUGUUGAUCUUAAGCAGUUCAUUAACGACUUUAAAGGCACAAAAGAUGACGUAGAGUUUGCAAAUUUCAUAGCUGACAAGAUUCUGAAGUCGAGAAACAACUUUGAAGCUGAAAUCUUCAAAAAACUUUACAAAAAUGGCAAAGUUUGCAUUCUUUUUGAUGGAUUUGAUGAAAUUUCUCCUGAUUGUGCUGAAUUUGUGUCCAAACUUUGUCAAAGAUUUGAACAAAAUGGCGGAAAUCAGCUGUGGAUAGCAACAAGAGAUUACUUUGAAGUUGAUUUACAAGAAAUGUUGAGCCUCGAUACUGUCUAUAAGCUUGAUGACUUUACAGAAGAACAAGCAGUCAAAUUGAUAGCGACAAGUUGGGCUUUGCAUGACGAAAAGCCACAAAAUUAUGAAAUUUAUAAAGAUUCUGCAACAGAAUUGAUUAAAAGAAUUGCGGAUAAAAAGUCAAUCACAAUUGGACAUCCUCAAUUUUAUAAAAUGGUCGCUGACAUAACAGUUAAUGACAAAAAAUUGAUAUUUGAUUUUACAAUGUUAAAAAUGUUCAAAAAAUGCGUCGAUAUUCAUUAUGAGCGAUGGUCACAUCAAAAAGGUGAUUUAAGGAAGGAUCAAUGCAUUCAAAGCAGCCACAAAACAUUCAAUUUUCAUAAUGUUCAUGAAUUUUUGGCUAUGAAAAGUUUGUAUCCAGAUGAAGUUGAAUUUGGUGACCUUAAAUUGUCAGAUUUAGAUUGGAAUGAUGAAGAAAUUAUCGCGUGCGGCAUGCUUAAUAAAGUUGGUGACUAUUUUCUAUUUCCACAUGAAACAUUUCGCGAAUAUUAUGCUGCAAAGUUUAUUAUUAGAAUUAUUAAAAAAUCAGAAAAUUUAAGUUUUGAAAUUUUAAAUUAUUUCAUUGAAUUUUUAACAAUCAAAAAUUUUGGAGUCAUUCGAAUGUUUAUUAAUGAUGCUUUGGCAGAUGAAGCUGAUUUUUUAAAAAUUGAAAGUAAAAUGUCGAAUGAGUUUUGCGCAAGUUUAUGUGAAUCUAAAAGUAUUGUCAACAUUUUCUUUGAAAACUUAGAAAAUCUUUUAAAUUUCGUCAUCAAAAUCUUUAAAAACAGCAAAAAUCAAAAACUUUUUAAGCAACUUUUAUUUGCCAGCAAUAAAAUCUUUUUGUCGGCAACAACAAAUUCAAGUUUAUUUAUUAACAUCCAAAAUUUAAUAAUUGAGCAUUUUAAUGUGAAUGAUUUAAUUGAAAUUUUGUCAAGUAAUAAAAUUAUUUUAUCGAUUUUUGGCUCACCGCUGGCCACAAAAGACAUUCAAAUAUUUUUAAAUAAAAUUGAUAAAAAAAUCGGCUCAAAAUUCAUCAACAAAGAAUUAAAAUUGAAAAAUGAGCACGAACAUAAUUUAUUAUUAAGAAUCAUUCAAGUUGAUCAUCAAGUUGACAAUGUUGAGACACUUGAAGACAUUUUUGAAAUAAUUAUGAAAUAUUUAAAUAAUGAUGAAAUCAUUAAAUUGUCAAAAGAAACUGGAUUAUGCUCAAGAAAUGUUUUUCAAGCUUGCAUCAGAACCGGCGAUUUAAUAAAAAUCAAAUUUUUUUGGACUAAAUUAGAAGAAAUUUACAAAUCUCAAAAAAUUCAUCAUGAAUUUAAAAAGUUAAUUUCUCAUAAAGCUGUUGAGUACUCAAAUCGAUGUCCAAUUCAAGAAGCUGCUUAUUGUAGUGACAUCAAGUUCCAUGAGACAUUUUGGGAACUUUUAUUAAAAACUUUUAAUAAUCGACAAGAAUUGAUGGAUUUAAUUUUACAAGAAGACACAAAUUUUGGGAAUUUUAUUCAUCAUCAAGUCAGUCAAUCUUCGGAUUUUGUUGUUGAAUUCACAUUGGAGAAAUUCAAAGAAUUAUUCACAAAUGAUCAAUAUCUUGAAUUAUUAUUUUCUAAACAUCAAUCGGGCAUGAACUUGCUGCAAACAGCUGCUUUUGACUCUAAAAACAUCAAAGUUCAUCAAUUAUUAUGGAAAAUUAUUAAAAAUGCUUGCAAAUCUGAUCAAGAAUUCUUAAAAGUUAUUCAGCAUGUUGACAUGUUAGGCUUUAACCUUUUCCAAAUUGCAUCAUAUCAAGCAACAUCUGAAAUAUUCAAAUUCAUGCUUCAAGAACUCGAAUCGUUAACAACUUUUGAGGAAAUUCGAAAAAUUCUCGGCAACAAAAGUUGGACUUUGUUUUUUCAUUCCUUUAAGCUUAACAAUUCAUUAAAAUACCAACAAUAUUUAUGGACAGUAAUUCGAAAAUAUUUACACAAAUCUGAAGUUCUAGAAAUGAUGACCUUUGUUGAUGACAAUGAGAAAUAUUUAUGUACUGUUGCUGCCAGGAACUCAAAGUCAAUUGCUGAUUAUACAUGGAAGGAAAUUGACUCUUUUUUGGAAUCUGAUUUGAUGGACGUAAUGGUUGAUUUGGUGGACAUUAGGCUUGAUUUGGGAGCUACUGAGCUUGACUUGACAGCUGCAGAGCUUGACUUGACAGCUACUGAGCUUGACUUGACAGAUACUGAGCUUGAUUUGACAGCAACAAAGCUUGACUUGACAGCUACAAAGCUUGAUUUGAGAGCUACUGAGUUUGACUUCACAGCUACAAAGCUUGACUUGACAGCUACUGAGCUUGACUUGACAGCUACUAAGCUUGACUUGACAUAUACUGAUCUUAACUUGACAGCUACAAAGCUUGACUUGACAGCUCCUGAGCUUGACUUGACAGCUACUGAUAUUGACUUGACAGCUACAAAUCUUGACUUGACAGCUACUGAGAUUGACUUGACAGCUACAAAGCUUGACUUGAUAGCUAAAAAGCUUGACUUGACAGCAACAAAGCUUGACUUGACAGCUACAAAGCUUGACUUGACAGCUACAAAGCUUGACUUGACAGAUGCAAAGCUUGACUUGACAGCUAGUGAGCUUAACUUGACAGAUAAAAAGCUUGACUUGACAACUACAAAGCUUGACUUGACAGCUAUUGAGCUUGACUUGACAGCUACUGAUAUUGACUUGACAGCUCCAAAUCUUGACUUGACAGCUACUGAGCUUGACUUGACAGAUACAAAGCUUGACUUGACAGCUACUAAACAUGACUUGACAGCUACUGAGCUUGACUUGACAGCUACAAAUCUUGACUUGACAGAUACUGAGCUUGACUUGACAGCUACUGAUAUUGACUUGACAGCUACAAAUCUUGACUUGACAGCUACUGAGAUUGACUUGACAGCUACAAAGCUUGACUUGACAGCUACUGAGCUUGACUUGACAGCUACUGAGCUUGAUUUGACAGAUACAAAGCUUGACUUGACAGCUACUGAACAUGACUUGACAGCUACAAAGCUUGACUUGACAGCAUCUGAGCUUGACUUGACAGAUACUGAGCUUGACUUGACAGCUACUGAGCUUGAUUUGAGAGCUUCUGAGCUUGACUUGACAGCUACUGAGCUUGACUUGACAGCUACUAAGCUUGAUUUGAGAGCUACAAAGCUUGACUUGACAGCCACAGAGAUUGACUUGACAGCUACAAAGCUUGAUUUGAGAGCUUCUGAGCUUGACUUGAUAGCUACAAAGCUUGACUUGACAGCUAGUGAGCUUAACUUGACAGAUAAAAAGCUUGACUUGACAACUACAAAGCUUGACUUGACAGCUAUUGAGCUUGACUUGACAGCUACUGAUAUUGACUUGACAGCUCCAAAUCUUGACUUGACAGCUACUGAGCUUGACUUGACAGAUACAAAGCUUGACUUGACAGCUACUAAACAUGACUUGACAGCUACUGAGCUUGACUUGACAGCUACAAAGCUUGACUUGACAGCUACAAAGCUUGACUUGACAGCUACUGAUCUUGAUUUGACAGCUACAAAGCUUCACUUGACAUCUACUGAUCUUAACUUGACAGCUACAAAGCUUGACUUGACAGCUCCUGAGCUUGACUUGACAGCUACUGAUAUUGACUUGACAGCUACAAAUCUUGACUUGACAGCUACUGAGAUUGACUUGAGAGCUUCUGAGCUUGACUUGACAGCUACUGAGCUUGACUUGACAGCUACAAAGCUUGACUUGACAGCCACAGAGAUUGACUUGACAGCCACUAAGCUUGACUUGACAGCUACUGAGCUUGACUUGACAGCUACAAAGCUUGACUUGACAGCCACAGAGAUUGACUUGACAGCUACAAAGCUUGACUUGACAGCUACAAAGCUUGACUUGACAGCAUCUGAGCUUGACUUGACAUAUACUGAUCUUAACUUGACAGCUACAAAGCUUGACUUAACAGCUCCUGAGCUUGACUUGACAGCUCCUGAGCUUGACUUGACAGCUCCUGAGCUUGACUUGACAGCUACAAAUCUUGACUUGACAGCUACUGAGAUUGACUUGACAGCUCCUGAGCUUGACUUGACAGCUACUGAUAUUGACUUGACAGCUACAAAUCUUGACUUGACAGCUACUGAGAUUGACUUGAGAGCUUCUGAGCUUGACUUGACAGCUACUGAGCUUGACUUGACAGCUACAAAGCUUGACUUGACAGCCACAGAGAUUGACUUGACAGCCACUAAGCUUGACUUGACAGCUACAAAGCUUGACUUGACAGCAUCUGAGCUUGACUUGACAGAUACUGAGCUUGACUUGACAGCUACAAAGCUUGACUUAACAGCUCCUGAGCUUGACUUGACAGCUCCUGAGCUUGACUUGACAGCCACUGAGCUUGACUUGACAGCUACAAAUCUUGACUUGGCAGCUACAAAGCUUGACUUGACAGCUAGUGAGCUUAACUUGACAGAUAAAAAGCUUGACUUGACAACUACAAAUCUUGACUUGACAGCUACUGAGCUUGAUUUAACAGCUAGUAAGCUUGACUUGACAGCUACUGAUCUUGAUUUGACAGCUAAAAUGCUUGACUUGACAGCAAUUCAGAGUUCUAGAGCAUUUUACAUGAAUCCUUCAUCUCAUUCACAUCGAUCUUACCUCUUAACUAGUUUGAAAGAUGAAACUCGUCAAGCAUUGCUGAAUUUCAGUUCAAAUGUUCAUGAUUGUCAGUUGAGAAUGUCAUUUGAGUCGAAAUUACAGGAAUUUGUGAUACUUUUUAGAGCUAUUGACUCACAAAACUUAAUGAAAAGAGUCAUUAGCGAUGAAAUUUCAAUAAAAGACUCAAAUGUGCUGUUUAGACUUAGUUUUUGUGAUGAUAUUGAGUUUCAUCGAAUGUUAUGGACUCAUAUUAGUUCUAUAGAUACAGAAGAUUUGUGUAAAUUGAUGCUAGUUGAGAAUAUAAUUGGAAAUAACUUUGCUUUUUGUAUUUUAUCAAAUGAUAAUUUUGAGGUUAUAAAGUUUACUUUUGAGAAAUUCAAAGAAAUAUUCAACAACGUCCAAUACCUAAAAAUCAUCAAAUCUAAAGGAUAUUUAAAUAGAAAUAUUCUUGAAUUUUCAAUUGUCAAGUCAAAAAACAUCAAAAUUAUCAAAUUUUUAUGGAACAUCUUGCAAGAUUCAUCCAAAGACUUCUUAAAUCUACUCAAGGAAAAUGAAGAAAAUAUCUUUCAAAUAGCUGCAAAAUUCUCAACAGCUGAAAUCUUUGGAUUCAUGAUUAACGAGCUAGAAAUUGUUGCAAAAUCAGAUGAAAUUAAUUAUUUUUUUACAAAAUUAAAUCAUUUUAAUGAAAAUUUAUUGCAAUUAUCUGCGAAAUUUAACAAAUCACAAAAGUUACACGAACAAAUUUGGAUGUCAAUUGAUAAACAUUUAAAUAAAUGUCAAAUUAAUGAAGCUAUAAAUCAUACAAAUAAGCUUGGCGACAAUGUCCUUUAUAUUGCUGUUUAUCACAAUUCAAGAGAAAUUGUUGAAUUUACUUGGACGAAAAUUAAAGAAAAAAUUGUCAAAAAAUGCGAUCAAAUUGAAUAUUUGAAGAAAAAUGGACACAAAAAGUGUAGCUUGUAUGAAUAUUCGGUGACUGAUAAUAUAAAUAAUGUAGAAGUUAAGGAUUUUAUUAAGGAACUAGUGAAAGAUUAUGAAAAAAGACAUUUUACAUUAAUUUUAAUUUUCAUUUUUUUGUUGCUUUGUGUUGGAAUGUUUUUAGUAUUAAGCAACUUGUAGAUUAAACCAGCAUUAACAUAAAGAAAAGGAUAAAGGAACUGUCAAUAAAUAACGUUCAUGAAAACAAGAUUUUUGACCCACCUCCCCUCUUACUAUGUCCAAAACUUACACAAGUUGUCAAAAGAAUUCCUUUGCCCGUGACGUCAGCGUAGCCAGGGAAAAAGGAAAAGGAUUUUUUCUGACUUCUUGAAGGAAUCCAAAAAGUCCCCCCC